AUGAAAAACCCUGUUUUCAAAGAUGUUUCGGAAGAGCAGAUGAGGAGUAAUCCGUACGCAGCAAUGGUUCCCGGCCAGACAAUUGUUGAGAUUCCAAAGUAUGAGUUGGAAUGUGGCGAGACUCUCUACAAUUUUCCAGUUGCCUACAAAACUUGGGGUAGACUAAAUCGGGAUAGAGAUAAUGUCUUGCUAGUUUUCCAUGCUUUUACAGGAUCUUCUGAUGUUCAAGAUUGGUGGGGACCACUUUUAGGCUCCAACCUUACCUUGGAUCCAUCAAGAUUUUUCAUCAUUUGCAUAAAUUUCCUUGGUUCACCUUACGGCUCUUGCUCACCGAUGACAAUAGAGAAAUCCACUGGGAAGCCAUACGGGCCCUUGUUUCCGCUCGUGACAGUCAAAGAUGAUCUUGGAAUCCAAAAGUUGAUUCUCGAUUCUUUAGGUGUCAAGAAGAUUGCAUGCGUUAUCGGUGGAUCCAUGGGUGGUAUGGCUGCCCUUGAAUACUCGUCGACAUACAACAACACCGGUUAUGUGAAAUGCGUAAUUGCAUUGGCAACCGCCGGCAGAGCUAGUGCCUGGUGUAUAUCAUGGAAUGAAACACAAAGGCAAUGUAUCUUCAGUGACCCAUACUACGAUGAUGGGUACUACUAUGAAAACCCAAAAGGAUUGCGUCCAGAUGGUGGAUUAGGAGCUGCUAGAAUGGCAGCCUUGCUUACUUACAGAUCGAGAAAUUCGUUUGAAAAGCGAUUCGGUCGUAAGCUUCCCUCGGAAGACCAAUCCAAUAAGGGUGGGGGUGAGAGCAUCAGGCUCCCGAAGAAUAAGGAGGAAGAGAAUUGGUUAUUGCAUAAUGAAGGCUACAAAAGAUCCAGAAGUGCUUCCACCAAUUCAGUUUCUGCGGAGAAGCCUCAAACUUACUUCACAGCACAAUCGUAUUUGCGAUAUCAAGGAGAUAAAUUCGUCAAACGGUUCGAUGCCAACUGUUAUAUUUCCAUUAGCAGGAAGCUUGAUACGCAUGACUUGACAAGAGGACAUGUCGACAGUGAUGUCAACGACGAGGACCCCUUGCCUAAGUAUCUCGAAUCUUUGACAGCACCACAUCUUAUCAUAGGGAUUCAAUCGGAUGGUCUUUUUACCUAUGGCGAACAACAGCUACUAGGCGAUCACAUCCCCAACAAUGUCUUGAAAAGAUUGGAAUCUCCAGAAGGUCAUGAUGCUUUUCUUCUCGAUUUCGAAAUAGUGGAUCAUUAUUGUCAGGAGUUUUUGCGUGAGCAACUUCCAGAAUUCUACGACGAGUCAUCUGGAAAAGUUGACAUUUUCCAUGACUGGGCUAAUCAUGUUGUCUCUGUCGAAAAUGGAGGUGACUCUGUGUUUGGUGAGGCUGAAAAGAAUAUCACGAACUGGUAA